AUGGCGAACCUUCCGUUUCCGCAUUCGAGCGCGCCGCUCAAAACUGUUGAGGAGAUUCAGUUUGGUUUGUUGUCCCCGGAGGAGAUCAAAAAUAUGAGCGUUGCGCACAUUCUCUAUCCCGAAACAAUGGAGGAAAACAAGACAACGCCGCGCGACGGCGGCCUCAACGAUCCCCUACUGGGUUCCAUUGAUCGCCAGUUCAAGUGCAAAACUUGCUCUCAACCGAUGAGCGAGUGUCCAGGUCACUUUGGCCACAUCGAGCUAGCGAAACCCGUCUACCACCCUGGCUUCAUCAAGAAAGUGAAGAAAGUCUUGGAGAUUGUCUGCCACAAUUGCAGCAAAGUGUUGGCCGAUGAAAGCGAUCCCGAAUUUGUUACCGCUAUUCGUACUCGCGAUCCGAAACUUCGAUUCAAGCGCGUCUGGGCUGUGUGUAAGAAGAAGCGCAAAUGUGAGAACGAGGAGCGGCAAGACAAGAACAAGGAUGAAGAGUUUGCACCUGGUGUUAAGAAUGUUGUUCUCGAGGGACAUGGCGGAUGUGGCAACAUGCAGCCACAAGUGAGACAGGCUGCACUCCAACUCAAGGCUGCUUUCGAAGUCACCUCGGAGGAGGGCCCGAAGAGAAAGGAAACCGUCAAUAUCAGCGCUGAAAUGGCGCAUGGUAUUCUUCGCCGCAUCUCCGAGCGCGAUCUGCACAACAUGGGCCUCAACUCGGACUAUGCCCGUCCUGAGUGGAUGAUCAUUACUGUUCUGCCCGUUCCGCCCCCUCCCGUGCGUCCUAGUAUUUCCAUGGAUGGUACUGGCACUGGCACGAGAAACGAAGACGAUUUGACCUACAAGCUUGGCGACAUUAUUCGCGCCAACGGCAAUGUCAAGCAGGCAAUUCGUGAAGGAUCGCCGCAACACAUUGCGCGCGAUUUUGAGGAGCUCUUGCAAUAUCAUGUUGCUACCUACAUGGACAACGAUAUCGCUGGACAACCACGGGCUCUUCAAAAGAGCGGGCGUCCGGUCAAGGCCAUCCGCGCCCGCCUCAAGGGCAAGGAGGGUCGUCUACGAGGUAACUUGAUGGGCAAGCGUGUCGACUUUUCUGCACGUACCGUUAUUACUGGCGACGCCAACUUGUCGUUGCAUGAAGUUGGUGUCCCGCGGAGUAUUGCUCGCACUCUCACAUAUCCCGAGACGGUUACACCCUACAACAUUGCUAAGCUGCAUCAGCUUGUCGAAAAUGGACCAAACGAGCACCCUGGUGCCAAGUACGUCAUUCGAUCUGACGGCACGAGAAUCGAUCUACGGCACCACAGACGUGCGGCUCAGAUUUCCCUGGAGUAUGGAUGGAAGGUCGAACGCCAUCUUAUCGAUGGCGAUUACAUCAUCUUCAACCGUCAACCCUCUCUACACAAGGAAUCCAUGAUGGGCCAUCGCGUCAAGGUCAUGCCGUACUCAACUUUUCGACUGAAUCUCUCCGUCACGUCACCAUACAACGCCGAUUUCGACGGUGAUGAAAUGAACUUGCACGUGCCUCAGACCGAAGAAACUCGAGCUGAAAUCAAGGAGCUCUGUCUCGUUCCUAACAACAUUGUCUCGCCUCAGAAGAAUGGCCCUCUCAUGGGUAUCGUCCAGGAUUCUCUGGCAGGUGUCUACAAGCUCUGCCGCCGUGACACAUUCAUCGACAAGGAGUUUGUUCAGAAUCUCAUGCUCUGGGUCCCCAACUGGGACGGCGUCAUUCCUCAACCGGCUAUUUUGAAACCCAGACCUCGCUGGACUGGUAAACAGAUUAUCAGCAUGGUCAUCCCUCCCGAGAUCAGUCUGUACAGCAAGGAAGACAAGCUGGACAAUCCUAAGCAUGAUGCUGGCCUGCUUAUUCAAAGUGGCGAGCUCAUGUAUGGUCUGCUCAAGAAGAAGAACGUCGGUGCUGCCUCAGGUGGUAUCAUUCACUUGUGCUAUAAUGAAUUGGGACCCGAAGGCGCUAUGGCGUUCUUGAACGGUGUCCAACAGGUCGUCACCUACUGGCUGUUGAACACUGGCCACAGCAUCGGUAUUGGUGAUACCAUUCCUGAUAAGCAAACCAUCGAGAAGGUUCAGGCUCACAUUGACGAGCACAAGGCCGAGGUCGCGCGCCUGACUGCUCAGGCUACAGCCAACGAGCUGGAAGCUCUACCUGGCAUGAACGUUCGUGCUACAUUCGAGAACAAGGUCUCCAUGGCUCUUAACAUGGCUCGUGACCAGGCUGGUACUUCAACUCAGAAGAGUUUGAAGGAUUCCAACAACGCCGUCACCAUGGCUGAAUCCGGUUCCAAGGGUUCUUCCAUCAAUAUCUCGCAGAUGACGGCGCUUGUGGGUCAGCAGAUUGUUGAAGGAAAGCGUAUCCCUUUCGGCUUUAAGUAUCGAACGCUGCCUCACUUCACCAAGGACGAUUAUUCCCCCGAAGCCCGUGGCUUCGUGGAGAAUUCGUACCUUCGUGGCCUGACCCCUACGGAAUUCUUCUUCCACGCCAUGGCUGGUAGAGAAGGUCUCAUUGAUACUGCGGUCAAGACAGCCGAGACUGGUUACAUUCAGCGACGUCUUGUCAAGGCUCUUGAAGAUCUCAGCGCGCGCUACGAUGGAACCGUGCGCAACUCGCUCGGUGACGUUAUUCAAUUCUUGUACGGUGAAGAUGGUCUCGAUGCUAUGUGCAUUGAAAAACAGAGACUUGGCACCAUCAAGAUGUCUGACGCUGCCUUUGAGAGACAAUACCGCCUGGAUCUUGCCAACCCUCCAGACUGGUUCCGCAAGGACUAUGAGUACGGCAACGAGCUGGCUGGCGACAAGGCUUCCAUGGAAUUGCUGGACAUGGAGUGGGAUGCCUUGCUUGCUGACAGACGCGCUGUUCGCAACAUCAACAAGUCCAAGAUGGGCGAAGAGAUGAUGCAGCUUCCUCUCAACAUCGGCCGUAUUAUUGAGAGUGCCAAGCGCGUCUUUAACAUCCGUGAGACUGACCGCAGCAACCUUCGCCCCUCCGAUGUUAUCACUACUGUGCAGACUCUGCUGUCGAACAUGAAGAUUGUGCGCGGCAGCGAUCCCAUUUCGCUGGAGGCCGAUUACAAUGCCACCAUUCUCUUCAAGGCACUUUUGCGCUCUCGUCUUGCCUUCAAAGAGAUUGUGUACGUCCAUCGCUUGAACAAGCUUGCAUUCGACCACGUCGUCGGCGAGCUCCAAAAUCGCUGGGACCGAGCCUUCGUCAGCCCUGGCGAGAUGGUCGGUGUUCUUGCUGCGCAGUCCAUUGGUGAGCCUGCUACUCAGAUGACACUCAACACUUUCCACUUCGCUGGUGUGUCUUCUAAGAACGUUACUCUUGGUGUGCCGCGUCUCAAGGAAAUUCUCAACUUGGCCAAGAAUAUCAAAACCCCCAGCAUGGCCGUCUACCUGGACACAAAGCUGGGCACUCAGGAGCAGGCCAAGAAGCUCCGUAGUCUGGUCGAAUAUACCAACCUGCGCUCUGUCACAUCAGUCACCGAAAUCUACUACGACCCUGAUGUGCAAGCUACCAACAUUGCCGAAGAUGUGGAUAUGGUCGAAUCGUACUUUAUGAUUCCCGAUGAUGCUCAAGACACCAUCCACCGACAGUCGCGUUGGCUCCUCCGUAUCACUCUUGACCGCCAAAAACUUCUGGACAAGGGAAUCAAGAUUGAUGAUGUUGCUGCAUGCAUUAAGGAGGAGUACGCUAACGAUUUGGCAAUCAUUUUCUCGGACAACAACGCUGAGGAACAAGUCAUCCGUAUCCGUACCAUCCGCAAGGAUGACGGUAAGGAUGAAGAAUCUGACACUAGGAUUGAAGACGAUGUUAUGCUUAAGCGUCUUGAGGCUCACUUGCUUGAUACCAUGACUCUGCGCGGUGUCCCUGGUAUCGAGAGAGCAUUCUUGACCAAGGGUACCCGCCUGGUUGAGGAUGACGACGGCUCUGAGCUGGCUCUCAAGGAUAACCCGAAAUGCACGCAGUGGUACCUGGAUACCAGUGGUUCAGCCCUCCGAGAGGUGCUCGCUGUCCCCGGUGUCGAUCCCAGAAGAACCUACAGUAACGACCUGUACCAGAUUACUGAGGUCUUCGGUGUCGAGGCUGUUCGAUCCGCGCUUGUCAAGGAAUUGACCAACGUUUUGGCCUUUGACGCCUCGUAUGUCAACCAUCGUCAUAUUGCUCUUCUUUGCGAUAUUAUGACCUAUCGUGGUGUCAUCUCGGCUGUCACUCGUCAUGGUAUCAACCGCGCUGAUACUGGUGCGCUGAUGCGUUGUUCCUUUGAAGAGACGGUCGAGAUUCUACUCGAGGCUGCUGCGACUGGUGAACUCGACGACUGCCGUGGUAUCUCCGAAAACGUCAUGCUUGGUCAGCUUGCGCCAAUGGGUACUGGCAACUUUGACGUGUACCUGGACCCCAAGAUGUUGGAGACGGUCAUUUCAGACAACUCUCGCAUGGGUCUCAUGCCUGGCAUGCCCACCAAAGAUGGCGAGGGCGAGGGUGCUGCCACCCCGUACGACAGUGCCUCACCGAUGGGUGACUCUGGCUACCUCAGCAUGGCCUCUCCUGCUGCGGGUAACUUCUCUCCUAUUCAGGGUGCUGGGUCAGAAACACCGACUGGCUUCAAUACCGAGUAUGGUGGUGGUUUCGGUGCCAAUGGUUCUAUGAGCCCGUACUCGCGCGGUGCAACCAGUCCAUUCAGCACAUCGCCGACAUCGCCAUUCAGCUCGGGUAUGGGAGGCUACUCGCCAUCCUCGCCCAACACAGGCUACUCACCUACGUCGCCCAUGCUGGACGGUGGUGCUCGCUACGCCACCUCGCCUUCAUUUAGCCCAUCGUCGCCGUCUUUCUCGCCAACGUCGCCUAUGCUGCGGCCGACGAGCCCGGCCAGCCCGAACUACAGCCCAACGUCGCCCAGCUACUCGCCGACGUCACCGACUUCGCCGCGACACUACUCACCGACGUCGCCAGCCCAGUUCAACUCGCCGACGUCUCCGAGCUACUCCCCAGCCAGUCCCAACUACAGCCCUGCAUCCCCCAAUCUGCACGGCGGCGCCACCUCGCCAUCGUACUCGCCCGCGUCGCCCUCGUGGUCACCGACGUCACCCGACGCCUACUCGCCGACGAGCCCGAGCUUCGGACGCAGUCCUGGUCAGCAGCUGUCACCGACGAGUCCCGGUUACUCUCCAACGUCGCCUCAGUUCUCUCCUCGCACGCCCGGCCCCUCAGGCUCUGGCGGAGAUUCUGGAAGUGGCAACCAGUACUCACCUAGCUCGCCGAAGAAUGAGUGA